AUGGAUGCAAUGAUGACACAGAUCUUCCUCACCCAGGAUAAAUGGGAAAAACUCAGAGUCGAGGACAGUUCCAUAGACGUCUCUGAAAUGAUCUCCUACACUUCGAUGGAAGCUUCCUUGAAAUGUACCUUUGGUGUCCAGUAUUUCAACAAGGAAAAAAUCCUUACCAACCAUUUCCAGAAUCUGAACAAAGUAGAACAUCUUGCGGCCAAGCGCAUGAAAAACUUGUUCUAUUUCAAUGAUUUCAUUUACAAGCUCACCUCUGAAUAUCACGAGUUCCAGACUCUCUGCAAAGAAUUAAAGAAGCACAUAGCUGAGAUCAUCGAGGAUAGGAGGGCAUCCCUCAAGAACCAGUGUGAACAAGACAAGGAUCCAAAGAAGUACCUGAAUUUCCUGGACAUUCUCUUCCAAGCCAAAGGUAACGAUGGAGAAGGCUUCUCAAAUGAGGAACUAGAAAAUGAAACAAGCACAUUCAGGUUUGCGGGACAAGACACCGUUGCUAAUGGAUUGUCCUGGAUCUUAUACUGCCUGGCCAUGAAUCCAGAAUAUCAGAAGAAAUGUAGAGAAGAGAUCCAAGGUAUUCUGGAAGACGGAGAAUCCAUAACCUGGGACCAUCUUGUCCAGAUGACAUACAGCACCAUGUGCAUCAAAGAGUCUUUCCGCAUGUACCCACCUAUCCCCAAAAUAGCCAGGCAUCUCAGCAAGCCCAUCACUUUUCCCGAUGGACAGUCUUUACCUUCAGACUUAAUUGUGAUCAUGAACAUCUGGGCCCUGCACCACAACCCUGCAUUCUGGGAAAACCCACAGGUCUUUGACCCUGAAAGAUUCACCCCAGAGAAUACUAAGAAGAGACACCCUUAUGCUUUCUUACCAUUUUCUGCUGGGCAAAGGAACUGCAUUGGGCAGCAAUUUGCCAUGGUUCUAAUAAAGGUGAGCCUGGCCCGGACACUGCUCCGAUUUGAGAUACUUCCAGAUCUUGAGAAGCCUCCAAUCCCCUUACCCCAAAUAAUUCUCAAGUCUAAGAAUGGCUUUCACUUUUAUCUAAAGCCACUCCACUAG